AGUCAUUGUUUCUGUCAGGUCUAUAUACGAUUUAAGUGUUGCGAUGUGUAGGCUAUGUGAUACUCUGUAGAGAACUAAGAAUGACGUGGUAGGCUACUUUUUUAGUUUCUGUUGUGUCACUGUUUUAUAGGCCUUUAUAGGUUUUUAUUUUUACAUCCUGCUUGGAAGUGUUUCAGGAUAGUUAUUUUUUGUAAGAGAAGUUAACCCUUACACCAAAAGGAAAUGGCAGGUGCAGUAAAUUAUAUUAGUAAGUGAACUUUACAAUCAGGGCCCCACAAGCCAAAUCACAGGGACAAUAGAGCCCUCUUUGCUUUGCCCACUUUAAAUGCAAGGUGUAAAAAUGACCAGCCUCUCCAGGAGUACAGAUGACCAGAAAGGCAUCGGUGAGAGCCCAGCUCACAAACCGGAGACCCCAAAGUACCGCAGCUGGAGCAGCCUCCGGUUCUCAAGAUGGAGAAGUGGCUCCCAGAGGACGAGCCCCCCUGGCACCCCUUCCCCAAAGACAGACAAGAAGGGGACCGAUGUGACCAAAACGCUCUUCUCCUUGGUCCAGACUCACAAUGACGACUACACAGCGGAUCCCGAUGGCCUGCUGGAUGCCAGUGUGGAUGGCGAAGAAGCUGAACAAGACCUCCCACAGGACCAGUCCACCUACUUCCAGAGACAGUUUGGAACCAUGCUGCAGCCUGGGGUCAACAAGUUCUCCUUGCGCAUGUUUGGCAGUCAUAAGGGUGUUGCUGCUGAGCAGGCCAGGGUCAAAAGCUUUGGAGUUUGGAUCAUCCAUCCCUACAGUGACUUCAGGUUUUACUGGGACAUCGUGAUGCUCCUGUUGAUGAUGAGCAAUCUGGUCAUUUUGCCCUGGGGAAUCACCUUCUUCGAAGACCAGAACACCGUACCCUGGAUCACCUUUAACGUCCUGUCUGACACACUCUUCCUCAUGGACCUGGUUUUCAAUUUCCGCACGGGCAUCCCAGGUGAGGACAGCCACAUCCUCCUGGACCCCAAAGAUAUCCGCAUGCACUACCUCCGCACCUGGUUCUUGGUGGAUUUCAUCUCCUCCAUCCCAGUCGACUACAUCUUCCUCAUUGUUGACCUGGAGUCCCGACACGAGUCGUCUGACGUGUACCGCACCGCCCGCGCCCUCCGCAUUGUGCGCUUCACCAAGAUCCUCAGUCUGCUGCGUCUUCUCCGACUGUCUCGCCUCAUCCGCUACAUCCACCAGUGGGAAGAGAUUUUCCAUAUGACCUAUGACCUGGCCAGCGCUGUGGUGCGAAUAGUCAACUUGAUUGGCAUGAUGCUGCUGUUGUGCCACUGGGAUGGCUGCCUGACCUUCAUGGUGCCUAUGCUGCAAGAGUUCCCCCAAGACUGUUGGGUAUCUAAAAAUAAUAUGGUGAAUUCGACAUGGCACUUACAGUACUCCUACGCCCUGUUUAUGGCCAUGAGUCACAUGCUUUGUAUAGGAUACGGUGCCCACCCUCCAGAAGGCAUGACUGACGUUUGGCUCACCAUGAUCAGUAUGGUCGUGGGGGCCACCUGUUACGCCAUGUUCCUUGGUCAUGCAACUACCCUGGUCCAGUCCUUGGAUGCAUCACAUCGGCAGUAUCAAGAGAAGUAUAAGCAAGUGGAACAGUACAUGUCGUUCCAUAAACUGCCAGCGGAUGUGAGACAGAGGAUCCAUGAUUAUUACGAGCAGCGAUUCCAAGGCAAGAUGUUCGAUGAGGACAGCAUCCUCGGAGAGCUCAGUGAUCCGCUCAAGGAGGAGAUUGUAAGCUAUAACUGUCGUGGACUUGUAGCCAACAUGCCACUGUUUGCCAAUACUGACCCUCAUUUUGUGACAGUCAUCCUGACCAAGCUGCGUUUUGAAGUCUUCCAACCCGGAGACUUGAUUAUACGAGAAGGAACACUGGGUCGGAAGAUGUACUUCAUCCAGCACGGCACUGUCACGGUCAUCCCACGUGGAAGUAAAGACAUCACGCUCAAUGAUGGAGCAUAUUUUGGGGAGAUCUGCCUGCUAACCCAAGGACGACGCACAGCUACCGUGAGGGCCGAGACCUACUGUCGCCUUUACUCCCUGAGUGUGGACAGUUUCAACGAGGUCCUAGAGGAGCAUCCUUUGAUGAGGAGGGCAUUUGAGAGUGUGGCUGUGGACCGACUGGGCCGGGUUGCUCGCAGACCCAGCUAUCAGCCUCCCCCACCUGAGUGACUUCCUCAGUACUGAUGGAGAGAAGACUACAGCCAGAAACAUAUUUCACGCUUUGAAUGAACUUGACUACAUGACAAAGAAACCUUCAAUGUAAAUUUGACUGAUUGCUGUUUACUUUAGUGCUUAGUGAUGGACUUGGUGGAAAAUAUCGUACCUUCAGCUGAUUUAAUUUUGUUACUUGAAUCUCAACAAGCAAUAUGAUAAUUUUUGUGUUAGAGCUUUGUACAUUUUUGUGUUAGAUCCAUUGUGUAGUUUACCAAAUCUAUGUACUAAAGCUAGCUUUUCGAAAUGUAAAUACUGCUUUGACAACCAUUUUUAUUUGCCUGUAUGCUUUCUGAGACUGCAGUUUCAUCAUCCAUCACAUAAUUGAUACCAGAUAUUGGAAGCACACAGGAGACCAGCUGGGCAAUAACAUCAUGCAGCUGUGUGAAGCUUUGAUUCAAAUGAUCCCUCAGGUCUGUAGGUGGGUCAAGUCAGGUUUUAAUACUGCCCCAAAACUGCUAUGAUGUAAUAAUAAUAAUGUAAUGACAUAACUAUAUAAUCUGUUAAGAUUAUACAGUUAAGUCAUUACAUUAUUACAUUAUUAUAUAUAUACGUUUGGAAUUUGGAGAGGUAAUCUGAAAAUCCAGUAUUAAAAGGUGUGAUUUUUUUUUACGCACAUGGACUCACUUUACUUUUAAAUUGCACCUUAAUCUGUUUUAAUUUUCUGAUAGCAGUUAAUUUGCAAAAAUAAUUUUGGCUUUUUAAACAUUAUUUAUAAAAAUAAACCUUCAGUAGGUCAGUCAGCAGAUAAUAAUGAAGAAUUUAAUGUCUGCAAUAACAAAAAAAUUAUUCGGUUUGGCAAACA